UAUGGCGACCACGUUUUGCAGUGUUCACUUCAGCAGAGUAAUCAACUCCUGAUUUUUAACAAAAAAAACUCGUAAUAGUGACAUGUCAUGUGAUUAAUAAGUGAUUCCCUAAACCAUUAAACAUCCCUCAACAAAACCGACAAAUAAAAUCAUUAAAUUAUCGAGUCUUAAAUGAGCUUAAGGUGAUACGUUUCUGACAGCGUGUACGCAAUGGCCGAUGACACCACCUCGCUGCCCAGGAGGCGUCAAUUGAGGGAGAGAACGAGAAAGCUUUACACAGAUGACUGGACCCUAGGGGAUGAGGAGAUUGAGGGCAAAAGGACCUUUCAGCUCGAUGAGAAGAUCGAGUGUGAGAGAUAUAACCUCAGUAACUUCACUGGUCUCUUCAGGGAAAUGACUGGGGCUGAACUCAAUCUGAGUUUUCUGCAGAGAUAUGGGCUCAGCAUUCCUCUCUUAUUUAAGGAUAAAGCAGGACUUGGGCUCAGGGUUCCAAGUUCUAAUUUUUCCAUUAACGAUGUCAGAACAUGUGUUGGUUCCAAAAGACUUCUGGACGUGAUGGACGUGAACACUCAGAAGAACGAAGACAUGACGAUGAAGGAGUGGCAAAGAUACUACGAAGAUCCGAACAAGGCUCGACUCUUGAACGUAAUCUCCUUAGAAUUCUCCCACACAAAAUUAGAAAACUACGUGCAAUCGCCAACUCUGGUUCGCCAAGUGGAUUGGGUGGACACUGUCUGGCCGAGACAUCUGAAGGAGUCCCAGGUGGAGGCGACAAAUCUCCUCGAGGACAUGAUGUAUCCAAAGGUCCAGAAGUACUGUCUGAUGUCAGUAAAAGGCUGUUACACGGAUUUCCACGUGGACUUUGGGGGCACCAGUGUCUGGUACCACAUUUUGAGAGGUGGAAAAAUCUUCUGGUUGAUUCCACCUACCGAGAAGAACUUGACACUGUACCAGGAGUGGGUUUUGAGUGGAAAACAAUCUGAUGUUUUCUUCGGUGACAUGGUGGACCGAUGUGGGAGGAUUAGUUUGACUGCUGGAAUGACACUGUUCAUUCCAACUGGUUGGAUACACGCUGUCUACACACCCCAGGACUCGCUGGUCUUCGGUGGAAAUUUUCUCCACAGUUUUGGCAUUGAUAAGCAGCUGAAGGUGGCACAGGUCGAGGAGCAGACAAAGGUACCACAGAAAUUCAGAUAUCCAUUCUUCACUGAGAUGUUGUGGUACGUUCUUGAGAGGUAUGUUCAUGUGCUCCUGGGGAGGAGCCAUCUGGACAUCUCUGAGACACAGAGGCAACAUGUCACACCACCUGUUCAGACACAUCAGCAUCUGACGCCUUUCGAGCUUCAUGGACUCAAGAGUAUUGUUAUGUACCUUCAUUCGCUGCCCAGCACCAAGAAAAAUGUUCCUGAAUUAAUCAGAGAUCCUGUCGCUCUCAUUCACGAUGUGAGGUGUCUUGUGGAGCAGCACAGACAUGACAGCCCUGAGGCUGCCGUCACUGGAAAUCCCAUUCUACCGACACCACCGCCGAUGACGAUUGUGGAAAGAGAGCGCAUGAAGGUAGGAAGAAAGACCUACACCAAGCGCUCAUCUCCAAACUCUGCCAAUUCCAACGAAGUCAAGCAGGAGACGAAACCGACAGUGCCACGACGAAGACGAACGCGGUGUAAGAAGUGUGAAGCCUGCACACGACAAGACUGUGGAGAGUGUGUUUACUGUCAGGAUAUGGUUAAGUUUGGGGGCACUGGGAGAGCUAAGCAGACAUGCGGGAUGAGACAGUGUCUGAGACCGAUGUUACCUGUCACUGCAGCCUGUAAAGUCUGUCAAUUGGACGGCUGGGGACAGCAUCCAGCCCCACUUAUGGGUAAACCAACACCCGUGACACCCUCGACUCUCAUGGAAUGCUCAAUCUGCUACGACAUAGUCCACCCAACUUGCGUGGGCAUAGACCCCCAGCGUCUGACAGUUAACGAGGACAUUCCCAACAGCUGGGAAUGUCCAUCAUGCUGUCAAAGUGGUAGAAACGUGGACCACCGUCCCCGUCCUCCCAAGAACCGUGUCCGAAAAAUUUCCGUCUCCUCUGCGGCCUCCUCAGCCCCAACAACUGACUCGGAGCGUGCAACAACGCCCAGCAAACGAGCAAGACCCGACCCCGCAGAGACGUGGAAUGAUCGUGAGGCUGCUGAAGGGGACCAAAGAUCAGCUCUGAGGACCCAGUUGGCAGCCCAAUUAACAGGAUCAAGUAACAAAUCUCUCAAGCGUCCCGUAGUGGUAGUUAGACCAGUGCAAAUUCCCCCAGUUCCGUUAACAGACAAAUCAGCUGUUUAUAGUAAAGUAGCAUUGCUAGCAGUAUUCAGGUAUUUGUCACCCAAGGAUUUAGCAAAUUGUGCUGGUGUCUGUCGUACCUGGGCAAGAUAUAGCAUUGAUCCCACCCUAUGGAAGCUAAUGGACAUGUCCCAUGCACAUUUGACAGCCUCACAUUUGACUGGAGUUGCUAGAAGACAACCUGAAACUCUCUGCUUGGACUGGUCGAACGUAGCUAAGAGACAAUUGGCUUGGCUACUCGGUAGGCUCCCACAAUUGAGAGCUCUCUCAUUGAAGGGAUGCACCUGGGCAGGUGUCUGUGCCCUGAGAACCUGCACUUGUCCACCAUUGGUCAGUCUCGAUCUUUCUCAUGUAUCUGGACUCAAUGACUCCAGUCUCAGGGAGGUACUCAGUCCACCCACCGAUUCUAGGCCUGGAUUGAUUGAUAAAACAUCGAGGCUAAAGCAUCUGAAGAAUUUGUCACUUGCUGGUUGUGAUAUCACUGAUGUUGCAUUGAGAUAUAUAUCCCAGCAUCUGCCACAUCUUGAGAUACUUGAUUUGAGCUCUUGUGGAAGAGUUACUGAUGCUGGAGUUGCCCAGAUAUCCACUCCACCUGCUCAAGCAAUCGCCAAUCUUGUGAGUUUGAAUUUAUCAAAUUGUCGAUUGCUUACGGAGAUGAGCUUGGAGCAUCUGACGAGGUGCAAGGCUUUGAAGAACCUUGAUCUCAGGCACACUACCCAGGUUUCCACGCAAGGAGUCAUCAGGUUUGCUGCUAGAAGUAUUCAUAAUUUACAUGUGACAGAUGUCAAACUUGUGGAGGAGAAGAAGGUUAAGGAGAGGGGUACGUGAGGGGAAGAGGCAAGGGAGAGGGAGGCUUGAGGCUUGAAUCGUGGUAAGGGGAGAGUUUUCUUGGGGAGAAUUGCAAGGAUUGCGAGAGAAGGGGCUUGAAUUUUUUUUACGUGUAUUUAAAGGGUGAAAAAAGUGCUGUGACAGGUGAGAGAAGUCUGGGGGACGUGGAAGUUUAAGGAUAUUUUUUUUCUAUGGAGCUGGUGAGGAGGUUAAAGGUAAUACAAGGCCGCUAUGUUUUACAUUAUUAUUUGCAUAAGUGAAAGUAUUGAGUUGGAAAAGUAUUUGGGAAAUCGUAUUGGAGAAGGGGGAAAAUCUAACAGAUCAUCAAUUUUUUGGGAGCGUAAUCUAUCUGUCUCUGAAAAAAAAUCCUCACUUCUCUCUACGCGAUAGCAUUUUUGAAACCCUUGGAGACGGCCUCUUGAUAUUUUUAAAAACCGGAAUGACAAGAUUUAAUGAAAAAUGUGAGAAAGAUACUUUUGUAAUGCAGCAUUAUGGGAAAUUAACAUAAUUAAAAUUGAAAUAACGUCGAAUAAUAAUCAAGAAACGUCCAUGCACGAGGUAUUGUGAUACGCCCUAAAGGCGAUAAUUAUCUUUAAUUUAUGGUGAUUCAUGAAGUGAAGAAAAUUAUCUCACAUUUUUCAUUAAAAAUUCGUAAUUCGUUUAUUACUCCGUAAAAAAAAUUCAAGCAACCCAAUUGUAAGAUUUGAAAACUCUCCUAAUCACGUCGCUAUAAAUUGUAUUUUAUCGUGUGAAAUAUUAUAAGUUUUAGUGUCCGAUUAAAAUAUUUUCAAUUAUGUGAUGGAGUGAAUGCGACUUUAUUUUAAUUGUGAAGAUUGAGGGCUGCGGGAUUGUACCUCGGCUUCUCAGGAGAUUGAUUUAAUGAUAAAUCAAAUGAAAUAGAGAUAAAUAUUCUUACGUGAUAAGCAAUAGAAAUUAUACGCUUUUGUACAUCGCAAUGCACAAAAAAAAAAAUUCUGUUAUUUAUUGUAUGAUACAUGUCACCGAUGGAAUUAUCAAUUUUUUAAAUUGUCCAUUAUUUUCAGUGAAAUUUGCAGAGGCAGCUUAGUGUGCAAUUCACAGCAAUCAAGCAUAAUAUCUUUCGUGAUUAAUUUAUCGAAGCCAUUUGGGGUUGUGUUAUUGAUAAUUUCAGAUUUAUGUUAAGAAUAGGUUUUGUCUUCCCACUCACUCGUGGAUUUCCAUUUCUUUAUGUCAGGGAAGAAGAGACAGAACGAUUUUCAACAGAUGUAGAAUUGACUGGGGGGACAUUGAGAUAUUUCUGACGAAAAAAAUUUCUGCAAAUUUUUUUUCAACAGAAAAUAGGAAAAUUAGUUGUUACGUAGACUGGAAUCGUUUAGCCACUUGUUUGGUAAUUGUUAUAAAGAAAUAAUUGGAAAAUCGACGAGUGUUUGACCCUUGAUCUCAACGAUGCGAUAAAUUCUCAGAAUUUUAUUUUCUCAUGAAUUAGGAUAUACGAUAAUUGGGGUCGUACGUUGAAUUAUGAGUGAAUUCCACAUGGUAUAAUUAUUUGUAAUUAUUAUUAUUCAGAGUAAUACCGAUACACUGUCUGUAUAAAGCAGGAUAGGAGACACCAAGUCGAUACGAGGGAUAUUUUAUUUUUCAAAUUUUUCAUCUCAGACUCGUACGACUUCGGGAAUAUUUGUACAUUUAGUUUUACAGAUCGAUACGUAGCACAUAUUUGAAACACUAGUGCGCUAAGUGAAUAAAGGAAAAGUUGUACUGAUGA